AUGGCUCUGCUGGGCUCCGGGGCGGCGGCCCAGGGCUGCUCGGCGGGCGGCAGCGGCCCGUCCUGCCCGCUCUGGACCGCGCUGUACGACUACGAGGCGAACGGGGAGGACGAGCUGAGCUUGCGGCGGGGCGACGUGGUCGAAGUGCUGUCCAAGGAUGCGGCCGUCUCGGGGGACGAUGGCUGGUGGGCGGGCAAAAUCCGCCACCGCCUCGGCAUCUUCCCGGCCAACUACGUGACUUACCAGCCGGGCCGGUACCCGCGCCAGCAGGAGCAGGACGGGCGCCUGGCCCCGAGCCCAGCUCCGCAGGACUGGAGGGCCGGAGGUGGGGGAGACCAGCCCGGCUCCCUAGCCCAGAUCGACUUCCAGCAUCUGGAGCUGCAGGAGAUCAUCGGCGUGGGGGGCUUCGGCAAAGUGUAUCGGGCCACCUGGCGGGGCCAGGAAGUGGCAGUGAAAGCGGCCCGGCAGGACCCCGAUGAAGACAUCAUGGCCACAGCUGAGAGCGUGCGGCAGGAGGCCAAGCUCUUCUCUAUGCUGAAGCAUCCCAACAUCAUCGAGCUGCACGGAGUCUGCCUGCGGGAGCCCAACCUCUGCCUGGUGAUGGAGUUUGCGAGGGGAGGCUCCCUCAAUAGAGCCCUGGCAGGGGCAGCUACCACCUGCGGGGGGAGCCGUUGGGGCCGCCGCGUACCCCCGCACAUCCUGGUGAAUUGGGCAGUGCAGAUAGCCCGCGGGAUGCUCUACCUACACGAGGAAGCCAUCGUCCCCAUCCUACACCGAGACCUCAAAUCGAGCAACAUUUUGUUACUUCAGAAGAUAGAACAUGAUGACAUUUGUAAUAAAACUUUGAAGAUUACAGACUUUGGCCUGGCUAGGGAAUGGCAUAGAACAACCAAAAUGAGUGCAGCAGGUACCUAUGCAUGGAUGGCACCUGAAGUUAUAAAGUCAUCUGUGUUUUCUAAAGGAAGUGAUAUCUGGAGUUACGGAGUGUUGCUGUGGGAACUGCUUACAGGAGAAGUUCCUUACCGUGGCAUUGAUGGUCUUGCUGUGGCUUACGGAGUAGCUGUCAAUAAGCUUACUUUGCCCAUUCCAUCCACCUGUCCUGAACCAUUUGCUAAACUAAUGAAAGAAUGCUGGGAGCAGGAUCCUCAUAUCCGACCAUCGUUUACCUUAAUUCUUGAACAGCUUACUGCCAUUGAGGAGGCAGUUAUGACUGAGAUGCCUCAAGAAUCUUUCCACUCCAUGCAAGAUGACUGGAAACUGGAAAUUCAGCAGAUAUUCAGUGAACUAAGGACAAAGGAAAAAGAACUACGUUCACGUGAAGAAGAGCUGACAAGGGCUGCUCUUCAGCAAAAAUCUCAGGAAGAAUUACUAAAGCGGCGUGAGCAGCAGUUAGCGGAACGCGAGAUUGAUGUACUGGAGCGUGAGCUGAAUAUUUUGAUAUUCCAGUUAAAUCAAGAGAAGCCCAAUGUGAAGAAGAGGAAGGGAAAGUUUAAAAGGAGCCGGUUAAAACUUAAAGAUGGACAUAGAAUUAGUUUGCCUUCAGAUUUCCAGCACAAAAUAACAGUGCAAGCUUCCCCUAAUUUGGAUAAACGAAGAAGCUUAAACAGUAACAGCUCCAGUCCGCCAAAUAGCCCCACAAUAAUUCCUCGUCUUCGAGCUAUACAGCUGAUUUCCAAAGCAGACACAAAUACAACUAAUGGCCGAAGAAACAGUGUAUAUGUGUACCAGCAAGAUGUAGAUAUCACAAGUGAAUAUGAACUUUCCAGUGGGGUUAUGAAAAAAGGCAAGAUACAAAUAAAUUGUAAAGGGUGUUGGUUGUAUUAACUCUGUAGCUGAACUUGUAUUAAGUGACAGACUGAGCACUUAAACAGAAAAUAUCUAUUAUAAAAUAUUUGUUUUGGGUUAAUGAAAAACAAAAUCACAGUAAUUGGUCAUAACUGAGAUAUUCUAAUUC